AUGGAUAAACAAACCCGGAAUAAGCGUUGCGAUGAAGUUAAGCGACUCUACACGCUACUUAAGAGUUGUGAAUUUUGGUUUCUUUCCCCCCGUGAUCUCCAAGGCCUCGGAAUCUAUAGCCAGCAAGUUGGACUAAACAUACUAGGACGAAAUGGAAGCAUAGCGCUCCUGAACUAUGUGGACUUAGUAGAAGGAACUAUUAGCCCAAGCUUUAACCCACAUGCAAUUAUGGAACUUUUAUCCGAUGUUCCCGCAAAUCAUGUAGAGAAUUGCCUUACUCUCCAAGAAUUAUUGGUUUUUUCAUACACGGGACACAAACAUGGAAGAAUAAUUCAAGCUUCAAUACAUCGAGAAAGCUUGCUUUUGCAAUAUUCUCAGCUAUGGAGUUUCGCGGAUGACGAAACGGCACCAGUUGAACUUUUCGUUCGUUAUGAUAUGAGCCAGCCAGUUCCCAUAGCCUUGGAAGAGUCGAAUCCUAUUAUUGGUUCUCUUGUCGGCCCUGCCGCGUUUAUGAGCUUGAAUUAG